GAAGGCGGUGCUUUUUGGGGCUGGUGCCUGUUUUUUUGUGUUGCAUUCGCAUUCUUUCUCCAUUCUACUAUUAUUGAUUGAUUGCGCCCUUUUUUGUUUUUCUCCUUGUCGCUUUUGUUUGUUGGAAGCCUUGAGCGUUUAAGCGGCUUUAUACUACUACGUUUUGUAGCGAAAGCGAGAGGAAUUGAGUAACGACAUUUUGGAAAGAGACAUUUUUUUUGGAUUAUGGAGAUUUGCCGCGAGGAGAAAAUGGGUCGUCGGAAGGCUUCCUGCUAUUGUCCGAAGCUGGAGACAGUCUCAUGGCGGGAUUGCUCAGGUAUAGAUGCCUCACCUCACCUUGAUUCCUAGACACCGCCACUUUGUCGACUUUGGGAUUGAUUCACCAACACUCUUUUUGAAUGAAGAUCGGGGCAGAAUUAAUGAGUUGGAUGAGAAUGCUGACCGAUGGUUAACGGAUGUAGGCGAGAAAGUGGUUACGACGGAGAGAUUGACUGCGCAGGACUUGUUGAGGAACAAGGAGACUGAGUUUGCUGUUGCUGAUGUUACUAUCACAUAUGCCCAGGGUGAUCAAAUACGCAAAUGUCGGAAAUGCAAGACUGCGUUUGAUGAAAAGUUUCUGAUACCGCGGGUGUGGUGGACGACGUUGGCGAAGCGGUCGAAUGGGUAUUUUGGUUAUCAGGAUAUACUUGAUUCAGAUGGCACGCGGACGGGCACAAUCUCGUGGGUGAGAUUCAUGGUCAAGCGAGUCAGCAAGAUUCUCGACGCCCACGACGUCGACGAGAUCAAAUACCACUGGGUCAAGCUCAACGCCGUAACACGAUGGAAUGCCUCAAACAACCGUACAGACAUCAUCCUCUUCGACCACCCCCAGUUUGCGCAUCUUAAUGGGGAUUCUAUCCUGCGAGACAUCAACCCCCGCGAGCUGGGCGAUCCAUUCUGGGUGUAUCCCAGCAUGGUCGAAGAAAUCGCCCAGCUUCACGACGUGACCAUCUGGGAGACUCGCAACCUUCUCCGCGACUUUGAGUUGCGACGAGCCUUUUACCGCUUCAACUACAAGUACCUGCACGAGAUCCCGCGGCACAUGACGCACGUCAACGAGAUGGUGUACGUAACAGAGAGCAUCCUCACCAGCAUCCAGAAACACCACAACCACUUCCUAGCCACGGACAAGGCCGUCGACGCGCCGCCGAGGAUGUUCUUCCUCAACAUCCAGAGCCGGCUCGACUCGCUGCACAACAUGGUGACGAACCUGCGGCACCGCGCCGAGAGCAACAACGCGCGCAUCCAGAACGAGAUGGCCCUAACCUACAACGACGCGGCACGUAUUGAUUCCUCGGCGAUGCGGGCGAUUUCGCUGAUUGGGCUGCUGUUCUUGCCGGCGGCGUUUGUGGCGGCGAUAUUUAGCACGAGUUUUUUCAACUUUGAUGCGCCGACGGGGAUAUGGAAGCUUUCGAGCCAUUUCUGGAUGUAUUGGGCGGUGGCGGUGCCGUUGACGGUUGUUACGGUUGUGUCGUGGUUUUUUGGGCCGGUGAUUAUGGAUAAGGUUAUGCCGCAGUGGAGGAGGUGGGUUGAGUGAGUGAGUGAGGAUUUGAAGGGGAAGAUGAGGAUGUUUUGAGAUACCAUUCAUUUUUUUGAGGAAGACAAUGUCUUUGUUUGUUUUGGGCUGGGAGAGGGUAUUGGGUUGAGUAUUCUUUUUAUAUAUAAUGUGAGUGAUUGGUGUUUUUGGGUAUUUGAGGACUGUUAUUUCAUGGAGAAAGGGGAUAUAAAGCUUUGAAUGGGGGAUAUAUGGAAGGAGGAAGAGUUGUAUUUGACGAUAACUUGAUAUCACGACAGGUUUUUUUUUGACUUGAUGCAAUUUUAUACAGAACUUGAACCAUUGUGGUGAAUCUGUGACAUUAAGCCGUUUUAUCAUUCACAAAGAUCUACAGACGAUCAUCUUCAUGGCUUGAGACUCGUCUUAACGGCUUAUCUGGAUCAGGGAACCUUACAAGAAUCCUGUCUAACCAUG